UAUUAGGUACUCCCAUCAUCCAUCUCUCACCAGUACACACUUGUGUGACAAUUUGAAUUUGCGCUAGAAUGAAACACAGCAGUUUUCCCUUGAUUGCCACCGCCACCACCAUCUCUUCCUUCCGACACUACCACCAUGGCCUCUUUCUCUUACUACUAGCUUCUUCUUUUGUGUCCAGUCUUGCCGGUUCCGGUGAAAGUCCUCGUCCAAACCUUGGAAGCCUCAAGCGGUCUUACUCAUCUCCAACGUGUCCAGCUGAUCAGUCUGAUCCAGGUAAAAAGGUAGAAGAGGAGUCGUCCAAUGGCCUCACCAAAUAUCCCAAUGGUCAUAUGGCAGGAGGGAGAGGAGGAGUGGAACACGGAACACAGCACAUCGACUCGAAAACUGCCAUGAGUUGCGAAUGCCCAUUAAUAGAAGAGGAAGCGUUUAUCAAACUCAGGGAACGUGCUCCUAGCAUUAGCAAACGCUUGCAUGAAUCGACCAGGAAAGCGCUGGAGUCUGCGGAUGAAACUGCUGAAAUGAUUCAUCUUCUUAAGCUUCUCGAGAAAUCAGAUGACAUGUUGAACAAAUUUCAUGACAAGAUGCAUGAAAAAGCUCAAGAGUUGAAAAAUAUUUUCGAACAAAUGCACCGGCAUUUGAAGGGUAAAAAGUAAAAAGUUUACGGGUUCGUAAUCAAUAAUGUAAUUGCAAUAACUGUAUCAAUAAAGGUGUGCUGGUGAAUGGGUAAGUUUGAAUAUGAGACUCAGGUUAAAUUCAAUAAACACAUAUAAUUAGUAUCAGAUUAAUCGUCUCUGCUUGCACACGUGUGUGUGUGUGUGUGUGUGUGUCCAGUAGAGAAGCCCAGGACCUAUUAAAGAUAAAGGUUGAAUAGUAAAUCAAAAUUGCCUGUGAUUUGCCGGUUCCAGACAUCUAUAAAUUUUUUUUUUUU